CCUCACAUCUGACACCAUUUAACAUUCCCGGAGGUUUGUCGACAUUCCUAGUUUUUUUCCCUCAAAAGAGUUCAGUUGAGGAAGGACGCUUACGCAAUAUCCGCAAGCUAAACCGGGGAAAGGCGCUUCCUGCCGUUGAUCCUCCGGGUGCAGCCUGCCCUCACUGCAGCGCCGACCGGGUGACACGAGACCCAGCACAAUACUGACAGGAAACCGAGCCGGAUGGACUCGGCCAAACCGCCGCAAGGCUGAGCCAAGACUGGACCGGACGGGAGAACUUUGCGGUCGCGUUAUUUUCCAGCCAUGGAAGUGUCGGAGAAACCGGCUGAGAACGGUGAAAACUCGGGUGAUGUGGCGGCGCACCUGCAGACUCAGUUGGAGAAGGUGCAGGCUCAACUGGAGCAUUGGCAGGGCGUGGCCACAAUCUGUGAGCUCAGCAAGGAGGAGGAGCUUAAGGAGCUGCAGAAACACUGUGACCAGGAAAUACAGUCAUUACAGGAGGCCUUGAGAGAAACCGCAUCUCAGUAUGAGGCCCGGAUCUCCAGUCUACAGAUGGAACGAACACAGUGGAGACGAGCCAGCUUUGGCAACGACAGCAAGGGUGCAGGUGGGGGGGUACGUGAGGGCCGUGGGAGUGAGGUGGAGGGGGGUGAGCUGGAACACACUGGUCUGAUGAUGAUGAUGGGUGGUGGCUACCUGGACAGCUCGCCAUCUCACCUGGACGCCUCGUCUCACCUGGACAGCUCGCCAUCUCACCUGGACGCCUCGUCUCACCUGGACGCCUCGUCACUGGUGGACGGCUCAUCUCACCUGGACGGCUCGUCGCUGGUGGACGGCUCGUCGCUGGUGUCCUUCUCGAUGGACACGCCCUGCCUCCCCCGCCGGCCGCCCCAGGACGACACCGCCUCCAUCGUCUCCACGGGAACGCUGGUGCCCGAGGCCAUCUACCUGCCCCCGCCCGGACACCGGCUCAUCACACACUCCGCCUGGGACGCACUACACGCACAGGUUGCGGAGCUGCAGGGAGAGGUGACUCAGUUGCGUGAGCAGAGAAUAGAGCUGGAGAGAGAGUUGGACACUCAGACCACAGAAACACAGAAACAGGUGUCAGUCCUCCAGUCUCAGGUGCAGACAUCAGAGGCCCUCCUCCAGGAGCUGCAGCAGUCUUUCAGCCAAUCACAGAGUGCUGUGCAGAGCCGCCUGGCAGAGCUGUCUGUUUCUCAGAGGAGAGUGUGUAGCGAGCUGUCCAGACUGAAAGGGGAGGAGCCAGAAGAGGAAGGGGCAGCAGAGAUGAACACAAACUUCAGCAGCUCCUCAAUGCAGGGGUCGCACUGUGAGGAGAGAUUGCGCAUCGAAAUCGUCAACCUGAAGGAGCAGCUGGAGACACGCACAGAAGAGAGCGAAGUGCUUGAGGUCCGGCUGUCCAGUUUAAAAACAGAGACGGACCGCAUCCAAACCCAGAAGGAAAAGUUGGAGUGUGAGAUGCAGGCGUGUCGCACUGAACUUCAGGGCCUGCGAGUGGCGCUAGCUCAUCUCCAGGGAGACAAGAAGAGUCUCCAGAACGACAAGGCGUCGCUGCAGCAGCAGUGUCUGGAGUUCCGCAGUCAGGUGAUCAGCCUUCGCACUCAGAUGGACACCAGCCAGACCGUACAGAUGGACUUCGUCCAGCUCUCCCAGUCUCUACAGGUAAAGUUGGAGUUGAUUCGUCAAGCUCAGACUCUGGACCAAGUGAAGGCGAUAUUGGGGGAGGAGCUUAGCUCAGAGGAAGCCCCGCCCAGCAUGGCCACCUGAUGCUGAUUGGCUGAUUUUGACUGAGCCACGCCCCUCUGCUGGAGGACCAAUGACGGCGCAGAUCCUGCAGCCUGAGACCAAAGCCAAGCUGAAACCACUCCCACUCACCAACUCCAGCCGCAGAGUGUGUGUGUGUGUGUGUUUUAAAAAGAUUUUGUCAUGUUAUCAACUUAUCAGGGACUGUA